AUGAAUUUCUUAACAUUGCGCUGUCUCCUUCCUCUGCUACUUUUAAACUUUGUUUAUUCUGGACAGAUUCUGAGGAUGAUCAAGAGGCGUGCACGUGACAACCAGCUUCAGAAAAACAAGCAGCUUCUCCUGAAGCUCACAGUCAGUCUUCAUCAGCCUCUCCACCACGUGAAGGAGGGUUGGAUUGUCCAGCCCCUGGACCAUUUCAACCAACAAAAUAGCAACACCUUCCCUCAGAGGUUCUUUGUGAAUGAGGCAUACUGGCAGCAUCCUGAUGGCCCGGUGUUUCUCUACAUUGGGGGAGAAGGGCCCCUCGUUGAGUAUGAUGUUCUGACAGGUCACCAUAGUGACAUGGCUGAAGAGCACGGUGCUCUACUUCUGGCUCUGGAGCAUCGUUUCUAUGGUGACAGCAUUAACCCUGAU